ACCCAUUAACGCUUUUUCUUUUUGAGAUACCCCACCCAAACCACCACCCGAUUCGAUACCCGUAAUUGAUACCGCCGAUCGAUCCUAGCCGCUCUACUAAUCCAUCCUGCAUCAUGUCUGUCAACGUGCCCGUCAACCUCCAGCAAAAGGAAAAGGAUGUAAACACGAAGCUGCAGCUCUACGGCAUCUUCUCUGCCUUCUCGAAUGGCAAGGUUCCCUCGAACAAGCAGAUCGAUGUCGCUCUGAACAGCGCCCUUGUAUCACGAGCUCUUUCAUCGCCUUCCAAGAAGCUGUCGCCCGAGGGCCAGAAGCUCGUUGGCGAUGUGAAGGAAGUCAUUGAGGCGGCUAAGAUCUUGCUCCUCACUAAGAACGAGGGAAACCUACUGCAGGACUUCAUUUGGCAAACGCAACUCACCGGAGCUGAUAACACGUCAACCCCCCGUGCUUCUAUUGGCAGAGAUGAGGCGAGGCAGCACGGCAACGAAGCUCUGGAUGGUCUGAGGACUCUGGGAACGCUUAUUCUCUCUAAUGGACAGUUCAGGAAGCUACUCAGCGAUGCCACGGUUCUCCUCCGCGACAUUGCUGGUGACGCCGCUACCAAGACUGCGAACAGGGUCAACCCUACGGAGGAGCAACUCAACCAGAUUGAUGACCCAGCAGCUGAUGAUACUUGGCACGAUGUGCCAUCCAAGGGCGAUCUGAAGGAACAGGCCAGAGGCAAGUUCCAUGAGAACAAGCCUUUUGGUCGUGACGAGGCGAAGAACGCUCUCGGUGAUGCUGCUCAGGAGGCCCAUCCCACUGGUUCCCGCGAUCCUACUGAUGUAGCCGACACAGCUGCUCGUGACCAGCGCUACGGUGGCGCUUCAGGUGUCGAUGCUCAAAGCGGUGCUCGCGCUGGUGUUGAUACUCUGAAGCAGCAUACCCGUGAGAACGUUCCUGAUGAGACCCAGGACCGCCUCCGCGAGAGACGCGAACGCACCACCAACUAUCUCAAAUCCAAGAUGCCUCAGGAACGCCGUGAGCAGACCAUUUGGCGUCUCAAGAAGAUGGUUGUGGAGAUCCAAGGCCACCAGGACUAUAUGCGUGCCAUCGAAACCCUCCUUCGCCUUGCCGAAGAGUACACUGGUCACUCUAGGGAUCUCGUUGGCCAGACCAACGAGACCGUUAAAGGUGCCCAUACUGAUGACAGUCUCCAAAUGGCUGAAGCUGACUUGAAGACUCUCAUCGAGCGCUUUGCUAAUGGCACGUCUCUCGAUGAUGUGUUUGACUCUAUCAAGGCAGUUUACCGUGAUGCCGACAAAGAUCCUCAACUCAAGGGCUGGUUCAGGCAUCUCAAUGCCUACAUUCGUCGCUGCCUCAAGGAGCAGGGCUACGUUAUGCAGGAUCAGGCCACCGAAGAAUGGAACCAACUUUACGACGAAGGCCAUUUCCUUCUUCGCGACCGCUACAGGAACCACACCGACCGCGUUCUCGACGAAUUCAAGUUCAUCGGCCAACAGUUUGACGAAGACCCGCAAAACAAGGCCUUCAGUGAAGCCUUGCAAAAGCUAUUCCUUGAUCUCGGACAGGACGAGAAUGGACAGGCUGCCUUCAAGCCUCAUCUUCUCAAAGACCUUACCGAAGUCAUCGUUCCCGCAAUCUUCGAGAACAUCCGCUACGUUCCAAUUCCCCGCAUCGAAUACAGUGAUCCAACCAUGGAUGCUGUCGUCGAAAACCUAGUCGUCGAGGGUGACAACCUUGCUCCUAACGUUCUUGAAUGCGCUAGCGACAACCACUGGCGCUGGGGUCGCAAGAAGAUCACCAGCAAGAACAAGAACAAGGUCAUGCUUUCUGUGUCUGGUGUGCAGAUGGACCUUCGUGACGUUAGCUAUUACGUCAACAGGAAGCAAGGCUUCCCGUCCAUCAAGGAUCAAGGUAUCUGCGAUGUCUUCAUGGGCGGCGAUGGCUUCAGCUUCAAGGUCGCCGCGGAGACAGCCGACAAGACCGACCGUCAACACUUCUUCAAGGUUAACAAGGUGGAUGUCGAUGUCAAGAAUCUCAAGCUCAAGAUGAAGAAGUCCAACCACAAGCUUCUCUUCAACCUUGCUAAGCCUAUGCUUAUCAAGGUCAUCCGUCCUGCCCUUCAGAAGGCCCUCGAACAGCAGAUCCGCAACAACUUCAACCAGAUUGAUGCCUUGCUCUUCGCUGUCAAUCAAGAAGCGGAGAGCGCCAAGGCUGAGAUGAAGAAGAACCCUGACCCUCAAAAUGUUCAGAACAUCUACCAGCGCUACGCUUCGGCUGCUCAGAAGCAACUCAUGAAAGCCAACCAGAAGAAGGAGCGUGCCAAGGAGGCCGUUGCGGACAAGAAGGUCAACAUGGCCGUCACUCAAAACGAUUCCAUGUUCCAGAACAUCAGCCUGCCAGGCGGCAUCAGUACGAAGGCCACGGAGUACCAGGAGCUCGCCCGGAAGGGUGAUAAGUGGGAAAGCCCCAUUUUCAGUAUCGGUUCCGCUAAGGAGACCUCUAACCUUCCACGUGUUCCCCGGGUCACCCGCAAGCCCCAUAAUGUCAACACAGGUGGUGUGCGCGGUGGCAACCACCCCAACGCUGAUGAACCUUACUCCCAAGGCAACGACACUGGCAACUUCAGCAACCAGGUCAACCAGGCCUUUGACGGUACCAACGAUUACCACAAAGGUGGUCUGAACGGCUACUCUGGCGUUGGUACUGGCUACCAGCAGAACAACCUUGGACAGCAGACUCAAGUCGGUCCUGGAGCUGGCUACAAUGGCACCGGUGCUGGUAAUCACACCGUCCUCGGUGCCAACAACCCUGUCUACAAGGGUCUUGUUUAACGCAUCUCUCCUCGGGCCCUGAGUCGGAUCCUUUGCAUGAUACCCGAGCUCUUUGUUUAGCAGACCGAUGCAAAUCUUUCUUUCUUUGCGUGCUUUCGAUCAGUUUUUUGUUCACGAUACCACUAGCAACAUGCGUGGCGUAAUUGGGGAGACCGUAAUAGCGAGAUGGUGCGUUUCUUUGAGUCACAGCAAUGGCAAGCCAAGGUGGAUAUCCGAACUGCUUCUCUUUUUUGUUUACCAAGAAUACUCCUUUCGUAGGAUGAUCUUAGGAUCGUCUUUAGUUUCCUUCGAGAUUCUCUUCACUUUUGUUAAUCAACAUAGCCUAUGCAUGCAUGC